CAUGUCCUUUCUAUGAAUGGAACGAACAGGAAAUCUUAUCAGUUAACGUUGAGUUUGUUCAUUCUUUCCUGAAAAACUGAAAGUGCAGCGCCUUUCUUGUGGACCUAUGCCACGCAUUCGUAAACAUUCGUUUUAUUUAGUGGGCUAUUUUUAAUUCAAAGCUAAACACUCGUUUACAAGUUAUUUAAUUCGUUUCACUUUCAUAUUUCACGAUGAACAACUUAAUUUUAAGUGGAUUCCCAAUGUGAUUCAUUAAUUAGAGAAAAAAUAGUGCAAAGUGCUAACUUAAAAAAAUAAAAGGCUAAUUUGGAAUAUGGAAUGUCGGAACUAUGACGCGCAAAGCUAAAAGGCAUAGUUUUCAUUGUUGAAUUUACAUUAUAGAUCGAUGUCAAAUCAACUACAAUUUUGAUUAUCCAGCCUUUAUAAAAUAUUUAGGUAACUAGUGUUCACCUCAUUGAAACCUAACCUUAAUAAACGUGUUUAAUCGAUGAACAUUUUAAUUCAUACACUCUAAUCCUAGAGCUAAAAUCAACAUCUUGUGACAAACUCGUGACACACGUUUUGAUCCCUAUAAUCGACAGCGAUUCUCUGUAAUUUUUACCGUAUCUACUCUAUUUGUUUUGAAAACGAAGAUGACAAUCAGGAUAGUCAUGAAACGAAUGGCACUAGUCUUAAACAUGUUUAUGAUUGGCGGACUCUCCUCUCACGCAGGUGCAAACUGGGCAGAGAGGCAUAAACAACAUUUAGUGGGUAGUUGGGCAGAAAAGAAUGGAAGAUUACAGGAGCCAGUCUGGCCAUGGAAAGGAGCUACUAACAGCAAAACCGAGCCAAGUUCAUCCUCCAAGUCUCACACAACGGACGAAAUUGAAAGUCAAAUGAAGCAUCAGUCUCAGGGUCUUUUUCCAUCAAGCUCAGACUUCUCCGAAAUCCGACACAGCAAAGCCUUUGCAGACAAGACGGCAUUCCUCUACGAAUGGUUAACGCACCGACCUAAACAAUGGUACGUGACCGCACCCCCCGGCUUCGGCAAGUCCACCCUAGGGACUAUGGCCGUCCAGUUUCUGAAUGCCUCCGUCGAAAUUGUCAAUGGUGUCGAAAUGUUCCACGACAAGCAAAAAACUGCUGCAUACGAGCUAUUCCAAGGCUUGGAAAUCUUCGAGAUGAAAGAGUUCGUCGACAAGCACUUCCAGAACUACGCGGUUGUUUACCUAGACUUGGCUCCCUUAAGUAAUACCACGGAGGCUACCUUUAAAAUCGACGAAGACUUCCUAUCACAGGACUUUCACAAGUACCUCAAAAUGGUGAUAAGAAAAAUGAUGAGCUAUUAUCCAACCCUUCACCUCCAUCACAACUUGACGCCCGUGGAAAGAGCUACCCUCGAAUGGUACCUUGGGGAGAUGAAAACUGAGGUAACCCCCGUAAAAUUUUGGAAAAGUGCAUCAACGCUGGCGCGACUACUCAGAAAAUGUUUUAAAAAAGACGUCAUUGUUGUAGUGGACUCUUACGACUCACUGUGCAAACCGAAUAUACUUGGGGAUCUAACCAAAAUAGCAGGACCAUAUGUAGCUUCAUACAUCAUUAAUUUCAGUAAGAUGAUAAUCCAAGACGGGCAGUCAAGAGUUCUUUACUUAGGGACAUUUAAGACGAUAGAGCUAAUGCUGCAAAAACCAUCUGACCUACGCUUGCAGAAAAAAACCAUGUAUACUAUUGAACAUACGGAUUUUUAUAGUGACGAACGCAUCGCGAAGUAUUUCGGGCUGUCUAGACGAGAAGUUACCGAUAUUUUGGCGAGGUAUUCAAUGCUGGAUCAUUUCAGCGUGGUGGAUGACCUAUUAGACGGACACGCAGUUCUGAAGUCACCUUUGACUCUUUUCAACACGAAAGCUGUAUUAUCCUACAUUGAAAAUAAGAAUGCUACACCGAGCGCUGUAACUUCACCGUAUACCGCUGAGAUCCUGAGUAAAUAUGGAAAACUGUUCCUCAAUAAAUGGAUCAGUGAUAAGACUACUCAGUGUAUAUUCAAAAAUAAAACUGAAGUCAUGUUUCCUCAUACGGUAAUGCUAAAUUUUGCAAAUUUUGCAAGAAUGAAACAGUUACUCAACAAUAAUACACUUGCCGUUUUUAAGCAAACGCUGAUGUUAGACGAGACCUUAUCGUUCAUCCAUAUUCUACAAUUCCUUGGUUUGAUUUCGACUAUUGACGUAAGGGGUGAUCUUAGCGAUUUUAGAGUUUCAAGUCGUAGUGAUGCUGAGCUCAUGAGUGGAUAUCUGUGUAAUAGUGGGAACGUGCAAGAAUUCUUUAAAGUUAGCGCAGAAGACGAAAUUGGAAUGAUUCGUGCACUAAAAAGUAUCGCACCAGAUAAUGAUUCAAUGCAGAAUUUGGGUGAAGCCGUCCAUAAGAUCGUCAGAGUAAAAGCCCCUGAGGAGGAGUAUCAGUUGAAAUCUUUGAUGGAUGUAUAUUCAAGGAAAGUUGCAAUUUAUAACAGUGAGGAAUUCGGUAUCGAAGCUGGUGUUACAGUCCCUGGUGCAGAGCAUUUAAACGUAGAAAAAAGUGGUGAGCUUGGAUCUCGGGAGAGGAUAGACAUUAUUUUCAUCAAGAAAAAAGAGGGAAGAGGAAUUAUUUUAAAAUCUAGACUUGACAUAAGUGCAACCUCUGUUUUAAAGGAAAUGAUAGAUAACGAGUACUUAAAAAUUUUUGACUCGGAUCCUCGCUUUUCAAAGCUCAAUAUUAAAGAGAAAACUUUAAUUGGGAUUUCCGUGUCGCAAAAUAAAUCAGUGGAAAUUGCAGCAGAAGUGUGGCACGAGAACGAAAGGACGAGUUUAAAACAUGUAGUAUUAAAUAAUUAAUAAACAGUCGUUUUCUGUGAUUUAGACAUUAAGUUCACCAUGGUUCUUCCACAAAUGACUAUUAAAUGUAUUUUCCUGUA